UGAUCGUUCAAAAUUUUUCAAUUACUGUAAUAAAUAGUUUUUAAGAAGUGUUUUCUCCUUUUUGGGCCAUCCCUCGUUCAUGCAUUCAUUCAUCAACUUCCGUCUCCGUUGUUUCUUGCAUCAUCAACUUUUUUCGUCCACACUAGUUCGGAUCAUUACGGACCAAGAAAAGUUUUUCUUUUUCAUAUUUUUAUCCCUCGAAAAUUUCAACUUGCUACCUCUGUUUCUGGCCAAAAUAAUAAUAAUAACAGAUUAAUCGUUUUGACAUUCUUAUAGUUGUUCCCCUUACGUCUGGAUCUUUAAUUCUCUGACCCUGUGAAACCUGGCCGAGAGAAGUGUUGAUAUUGGGAAAUUUAAUUUCUGGGCUUGUUUUCGCGCGCCAAGGAGGGGAUAGUUUGUUUCUUCUGAGAGGUGACACAAGACUGCUGUUCUGAAUUUGUUUUGCUAAGUCAGAUUGCCCUCCUGCCCACUUGGCACAAAUAAGAAAGGCUCCCUGUGCUGCCUUACGCACACAAUUUGAGAACCACCAUAUGCUGAAUUGCCCCAUAAAAUUUCUGCUGCAUGUGGGGUCUCAUUCCUAGCACCACGUCUUUUAUCCAUGGGGGAGUGGAUCAUUGGUGCUUUCAUCAACCUCUUUGGGAGCAUUGCUAUAAACUUUGGAACAAAUCUUCUUAAAUUAGGGCAUGAUGAGAGAGAAAAGCACUUGGGACUUGGAAGUGAUGGGGCAAAUGGAAGUCCACCCCUGAAGCCUAUAAUAUUGCAUGGUUCUUGGCAUGCAGGUAUUGUCUUUUUCAUUCUUGGAAAUUGCCUAAAUUUCAUCUCCUUUGGGUAUGCUGCUCAGUCACUUCUUGCAGCCCUGGGAUCUGUUCAGUUUGUAUCUAACAUAGCAUUUGCGUAUUUUGUCUUGAAAAAAAUGGUCACUGUCAAGGUACUCAUUGCCACAGCCUUCAUAGUUCUUGGAAACAUCUUUCUAGUGGCAUUUGGCAAUCACCAAUCCCCUGUGUAUACACCGGAGCAGUUGGCUGAAAAAUACACCAAUGUUGCAUUUCUUGCUUAUCUCAUAGUUUUGAUUUUAGUUGUUGCGUUGCAUCACAACAUUUACAGGAGAGGAGGACUUUUGCUUGCCAUAGCUGGACAAGACCUCAGGCCCUAUUGUCACCUGCUACUCUCAUUUUCUUAUGCAGUAGUUUCUGGUGCUAUAGGUUCGUGCUCAGUGUUAUUUGCCAAAUCUCUUUCUAACCUCCUACGACGAGCCAUGUCCAGUGGUUACCAGUUGCAAAGCUGGUUUACGUAUUCCAUGCUUCUUUUUUUCCUUAGCACAGCUGGGUUUUGGAUGACAAGGUUGAAUGAAGGGCUGUCCUUAUUUGAUGGAAUUCUCAUUGUUCCCAUGUUUCAGAUAGCUUGGACUUUCUUCUCCAUCUGUACAGGAUUUGUAUAUUUUCAAGAAUAUCAGGUAUUUGAUGCAUUAAGGACAACGAUGUUUAUACUUGGAAUGAUGUGCGUGUUCAUUGGCAUUUGUUUGCUGGCACCUGAUGAUUCCAGGGGCGCUGAGGUUAAGGAUAGCUUUUUGGAUUCCAAGGUUUCUUCUGGCAUUUCAACAGAAAUGAACAGGCCGCAAGCCUCAUCUGAAGAGGCACUGAGCAAAGACACGAAAUCAUUUGCAAAAAGAAUGCUACUGAAGAUUACUGGCAUGCUAGUGAAAGCAAAGACUGCUUGUAGUGCGUCUGUAGGUUUUGGGGAGGACACGAUACAUGCAUCUUCUGUUCUUGUGAUGCCAAUGAUGUCGUCAAGAAUGACCGAAUUUAGAGGUAGUGGGCUUGAACGGUCCAAGGUUUUGGCCAUGAGGAAUUCUGGUUGGAGUGAUGUCCCCUCCGUCGAUGAUGCGGCGACCUUGCUAGAAUCUAGUUCUAGUCCCCCUACGACUCCUUGAUCUAAAAUUGUAGCUACAGUCUAUAGGAUUGGAUUCUCUUUGCACUUGGUGAAUUGCUCUAGUGGCAAAGUGAUCCCCUUGUACAGGGGAGGUGGUAGGUACAAUCCCCACAAAGGCUAGCUUAGCCUCCUUCCAAUUCAAAGAAAAAAGAGAAAAAAGAUUGGAUUCUCUUUUUACCCGUAUUUCCAUGGCUCUGAAGAGCUUCCGUGUUAUAUCCCAAAAAAGUUGGGGGAAAAAUAAAUUGUAUAUUGUAAGUUCUUGUUUCUUUUU